AUGGCUGACAGAAAUGUCACUGUGAUAACUGAAUUCAUCCUCCUGGGGUUGACUGAUAACCCUGAAAUGAAUGUUGUCCUUUCUGUGCUCUUUCUAUUAAUCUAUCUCAUUACUGUGUUGGGCAACAUUUGGAUUAUCAUAAUAAUUCUGGCUAGUGCCCAACUCCAUUCACCCAUGUACUUUUUCCUUAGCCAGUUGGCUUUCUUGGAUUUCUGCUAUUCUUCAGUCUUGAUUCCGAAAAUGUUGGUGAAUUACAUAGCAGGACAGAAAGUCAUCUCCUAUCACGGUUGCCUCCUUCAGUAUUCCUUUGUCAACUUGUUCCUGACUACUGAAUGCUUCCUCCUGGCUGCCAUGGCAUGUGAUCGGUAUCUCGCUGUUUGCCACCCACUUCGUUACAAAGGUCUCAUGACUCCUACUUUCUGCAUCUACCUGGUGACUGUUUCUUACCUUCUGGGCUCUGUAAACUCCCUCACCCACCUGAGUAGCUUACUCAGCUUGUCUUUCUGUGGGCCCAAUGUUAUCAACCAUUAUUUCUGUGACAUUCCAUUGCUCUUCCAACUCUCCUGUUCCAACACCCAACACAGUAAGAUUUUAUUUACUGUCCUUUCUGGAGCAACAUCAGUGACUACCUUUUUGAUAGUGGUUAGUUCCUAUCUGGGAAUCCUGCUCACUGUCCUGAAGAUACAUUCCACCAGGGGCAGAAAUAAAGCCAUAUCCACAUGUGCCUCCCACCUAAUGGUAGUGACUCUCUUCUAUGGAACAGUGAUAUUUACUUAUCUGGGAACCAGCUCUAGCUACUCACAGGAUAGAGCCAAAAUUCUGUCUGUGGUGUAUACACUUUUGUUGCCAAUACUAAAUCUUCUAAUAUAUAGCGUGAGAAACAGAGAAGUCAAAGAAGCCAUGAAAAUGAUUAUUAAGAGAAAAAUACUUCCUCAGUGA